GGCUUAUGUUACUAGUACACAAUUUUGUAAUUGGCAUUUUUCACCAUCGGAAUUAAUUACACUUCGAUCGGAUUGUAAUACAAAUGCAUUGAAACGAUUACAAUUAAUGAAAGAUGCAGAAAUGACAAAUAAUAACAAUCAUAAUAACAAUGAUACUAAUUCCUCAAUGAUCGGGUUGGAUCCAGAUCAAGAAUUUAAAAUUGUAAAACAUUAUAUUUAUUUAAUGAAAAUUUUGUUUGAUAAAUUCACUACACCUCAAUUACCGGAUGAAGUAUAUGGUUUUGCUGCAACUUAUUUUAAACGUUUCUAUUUGAAUCAUUCAGUGAUGGAUUUUUAUCCACGUGAUAUUAUGUUAACAUGUUUGUAUGUUGCUUGUAAAGCAGCUGAUUUUCCAAUUGGUUUACAAACUUUCAUUUCACAUAUUCCUAGAAAUCAAAAACGAUAUAGUUAUCUUGUAUUGAAUUCAGAACUUUUUCUAAUGGAAUCACUAGGUUAUGAUUUAUGGGUUUAUACACCGUAUCGUGCAUUGACUGGAUUUGUCAUUGAUCUAGUGGCAUAUCAAAGACGAAUUUGUGGUGCACAUUCUGAUUCAUAUCUAUUAGAAAAUCAAUCUGAUGAUCAACUUGUCAAUGAAUUAUGUAAAGAUGGUGUAGAUUUAAUUAAUCUAUGGUAUCAAACAGAUCUUUGUCUUACAGUUCAUCCAAGUCAAUUUGCUCUUGCUGUCCUAGUGGAAUUAGGACAUACUCGACCUCAAUUAGAUGUAGAAGUGUUUGUACGAGAUGAACUAUGCGGUUGUGAUCCAGUGCAAAAGUUUAAACGACAUUCUGAAGAAGAGGAUACUGAUGAAGUAGACAUAAAACAACCACAAGAAGACGCGAGAAAAUGUGAUCCUGAAAUUCGUUGGCAAGAAUUAUCAAGUCGAUUAGAUUUUAUUCGUCAAACAAUAAAUGAAUUUCAAUUUAUUACUGAUUUAGGACCUGUAGGUGAAGAAGAAAUCAUUUUAGAUGAAUGUCGAAAUCCUUUGUACAAUAUUGAAUCGGAUGAGUAUGCAGAAGCGAAAUCGAAAGCAGACAGCUUAAUGGAUAUGCUUCAGUAAUAAUAAUAAUAAUAAGUGUUUGUCUUGUGUACA